AUGAUCCCACCACAAAAGGCAGUGUCGCGCCCCGCGUCGCGGGGACCGCUGACACGAGAAGCUGGAGACGUUGAGCAAUCAGGCCGAUCAACCGCCAGUUUGAAUGCAGAAAAGAUUGCAUCAUCACUGCGCAACAUCGAUACAGAAGCAUCAAGCUCCCAGACUGCCUUCUUCCAUCCAAUGCACACAGCAUCGCCAAACCAUGAUGCAAGUUCUUCUUCCGAGUCGGGCUCUACUUCGUCUUUGCCACAGACUCAACUACUGCUGACCUCUCGCUCACCGUCACCAUCACCAUCUCUAAAGCUAGCGAGGUCGUCCACCCACAGCGAAAACACGAUCGAGUCGAAAGAUUCCAAGUCGAGCGGAGAUGCACCCCCACACACAACCCAAAACCAAGUAGAGUCUACCUUAGACCUGAAGUCGCAACGACGUCCGUUCCUCAGACCUCCGCAUCAGCACCCGCUGCGAACGCGACAUAAAAGCACACAAGAACUGACGAGCCAUAAUGCGCGCCCAGUCGGUAGCCCACUGACGAUGCAGGAUCUCGGCAGUGACUAUACGCGCUACUUCAGUCCUUAUUUCGCCGGAGCAAGAAGCAUAUCAUCUGAACAGCUCGCUGACCAGUCUGCGCCAACAUCUGGCACAACCACACCGUUGGCUACAGUCUAUCCAGUAAACCCGUUCCUCACGCCCAACCUUACACCAACUGCAUCUACAACUAAGAUAAACAUUUUGUACGACCCAGAGAAGAACGUUUCACUCAUAGACGACCGCCUUGCAGCGCCAUAUGAAGAGAAGGGAAUGGCAACGUGGCCAUUGAUUGGUGAUGAGGAUGAGCCGGAUGAUGAGAUGCACAUGCCACGCCCAGACGACGACAUUAAAUACAGAGUGAAGUUGAAGGACCAUUUCUCACGGGAUAACAUCGUCUCCACGAUUGGUCUGUUCAUCAUGGUGGUCGGACUUUUCUUUGUGUUCUUGGGGCUUCCCAUUCUUUCGGCACUAGGCAUCAUCGGGUACAACUCAUUCUACGGGACACCGUUGAGUCAAAUGUCCAAGUAUCCCCAGGCAGAACCAUGGGCAAUCGUGAACAACAAGAAGUACCCACUGUUACAAAACAUCAGGACAGGUCUGAUUGACCCGGACACUCCCAAGUACGCCAUGGAGAAGAAAGGCGAGUUCGGCGACGAGUAUGAGUUGGUCUUUAGCGACGAGUUCAACGACAACAAUCGCACCUUCUAUGAAGGCGACGACCCGUACUUUUUUGCCCCUGAUAUUUGGUAUGGCGCGACGGAGGAUUUGGAGUGGUACGAUCCGGAUGCAGUGACAACUUGGGAAGGAACACUGGAGCUGCGACUGGACCAGUUCGAGAAUCACGGCCUCAAAUUCCGGUCCGGUAUGCUGAACAGCUGGAACCAUCUCUGCUUCAAAGGUGGCAUCUUCGAGGUUUCCGUCUCACUUCCUGGUCCGGCCGGGGUACCAGGCAUGUGGCCUGGUGCCUGGACAAUGGGCAAUCUAGGCAGACCGGGCUACUUGAGCACAACUGAUGGCAUGUGGCCAUACACCUACCAGGCGUGCGAUGUCGGCAUCACCCCGAACCAGUCAUCCUCAGACGGCCUCUCCAAUCUCCCCGGCCAACGCCUCUCAUCUUGUACCUGCCCUGGCGAAGAUCAUCCAACUCCAGGUACCGGCCGCGGGGCACCAGAAAUUGACAUCAUCGAAGUCGGUGCUACCUACUCACCACAAAAUAUGCCCAUUGCUACUCAAUCCUUCCAGGUCGCCCCGUUCGACGUACACUGGUACCCCAACUACAAUUUUACCGCAUUUCCAGACUACAGUGUAAGCUGGUACAAUGGCUACACCGGUGGUCCUUAUCAACAGGCUAUUUCCGCGACAACAAAUCUGAACAAGAACUGGUUCGAUGGUCAGCAAUACCAACGCUACUCUUUUGAGUAUGUACCUGGCGAAGGCAAAGACGCCUUCAUCAGCUGGAAAGUCGGUGACCAGACCAUGUUCAUGAUGGACGGGCGUGCCAUCGGACCGAAUGGAAACAUCCAAGCCAGACAGAUCAGCGAAGAACCUAUGAGCCUCAUUCUCAAUCUUGGUAUCAGUAAUUCCUGGACCUGGAUCGACUGGGAACACAUGAAUUUUCCCGCUGUAAUGAGGGUUGACUAUGUGAGGUGGUAUCAAAAGAAGGGCGAAGAGAAACUGGUCACGUGUGACCCGCCGGGCUUCGAGACGACGAAGUACAUCAAGGAGCAUAUGAACGCUUACACGAACCCUAACCUCACUCAAUGGGAUCAAACCGGGCACAAGUGGCCGAAGCAUGAGCUGAACAGCGAUUGUAAAGCAAAAUAG